AUGCCUCGUGACUUGAUAACACUGCAAUUAGGCCAAUGCGGGAACCAAAUCGGCAUGGAGUUUUGGAAGCAGCUCUGUACAGAGCACGGCAUCAACCCUGAGGGUACCCUAGAAGAGUUCGCCACCAAUGGUUCGGAUCGAAAGGAUGUGUUCUUUUAUCAAGCAAGUCUUUUACCCCGUGCCCCUUUCUUUUUUUUCGGUUUUGAGAACAAUGCUGACGAUGCACACUACAUUCCGCGUGCGGUUCUAGUUGAUUUGGAGCCCCGAGUCAUCAAUACCAUCCUCUCCUCGCCCUACGCACGGCUCUACAACCUCGAGAACGUCUACAUGUCCAAAAACGGUGGUGGCGCCGGUAACAACUGGGCCGCCGGCUACACUCAAGCGGAAAAGCUUCAAGAGGAGGUCUUCGAUAUCAUCGAUCGCGAAGCCGAAGGCAGUGACAGUCUUGAAGGUUUCAUAAUGACACACUCCAUCGCAGGUGGAACUGGCUCUGGGAUGGGGUCCUUCAUGCUCGAACACCUAAAUUCGCACUUUCCCAAGAAACUAAUCCAAACCUACUCCGUGUUCCCCAACCUCGAGGAUACCAGCGACGUGGUCGUGCAGCCCUACAACUCACUUCUCACCCUCAAACGCCUCACGCUCAACGCCGAUUGUGUGGUUGUGCUGGAUAAUACGGCGCUGCACAGGAUCGCUACUGAUCGUCUUCACCUUGAGAACCCGACUUUCGCGCAGAUUAACCAACUCGUUUCCCGAGUGAUGUCUGUGAGCACAGCCACCCUUCGUUACCCCAGUUACAUGAACAAUGACCUGAUUGGUUUGAUCUCACCUCUAACCCCUACGCCGCGGCUACACUUCCUCAUGACCGGCUACACUCCCCUCACCACGGAAAAGGAGGUGGCCAAUGUGCGACGCACCACGGUGUGUGACGUGAUGCGGCGUUUGCUCCAGCCCAAGAACAUGAUGGUCUCCACCUCCGUGCAACGUCAAAUCGACCAUUGCUACAUUGCUAUCCUUAAUAUUAUUCAAGGUGAAGUCGAUCCAGCCGAAGUACACAAGUCCCUCCAACGUAUACGUGAGCGGCAUUUGGUGAAGUUUAUUCCUUGGAGCCCUUCGAGUAUCCAAGUUGCACUUUCCCGGCGUUCGCCGUACGUACAGGCGGCGCACAAAGUCAGUGGUUUGAUGCUUGCCAACCACACAAGCAUCUCCUCCGUGAGUCGACGCUUUGACUGGUCCUGCACCGCUACGGGGUUGUUGUUCAUGCGCUCUCUGGCGCAGUAUGACAAACUGCGGACUCGCGGCGCCUUCCUCGAGCAGUUCCGAAAGGAGGACGUGUUCCGCUCUGAUCCGGAUUUGAGGGAAUUCUCCGACAGUCGACAGGUGGUGCAAAACCUCAUUGAGGAGCACAUCGCUGCGACCAAACCGGACUACGUUCAGUGGGGUGCCCAAAGAGCCGCUACUCUGGCAGCUACCAAGAUGGCCGCUUCUAUGGCAGCGUCGUAA